AUGGACCUCGUCUUCCACACAAUUAUUUUGACACAUAGGACAUAUGCGCUGUUCCACUGGAAGGUUCUCAUAGCGCCCAGUCUCAAGACGAUUUGGGGCAACCCCGCAUCUAAAUUUUGCAUAAGCACUCCUGUAUUGUUUGAGCAUCAUCACACUCGAUACGUUUGUCCACCGUUUGUCCACCGAUUCGGAAGGAGACAGAGAGGGAAACCGCGACCCAUUGUUGUGAAGUUCCUGUACUAUAAAGAACUCCAAAUUGUUAAAGAACAUGCAUAUCAACUGAAAGGUAAGCCAUAUGGCAUUAACGAACAGUUUCCUGCAGUGAUUGAGGAACGCCGGAGAAGGUUGUAUCCCACGGCAAAGAGACUCAGACUAGGCGGCCAUAAAACAAAAAUGGUGAGAGAUAAACUGUUUGUCGACGGAAGACCAUACGACGAAACGACAUUCACAGACGGCCGUUCAUACAGAGACGUUGUGCAAGGCAGCACGAGUGAGCCGCGACAGACAAAUCAAAGUCGACAGAUUGAACAACCACAACAAAGCAGAGUUCGCGACGACGGCAGAAGACCGACACCAAAACGACAGCGUGCUUCGUCAACACCAACCGCUGAGAAUACCACCGAAUCAGAACUGAGACAUGACGAGAUAUUUUUCCCAGUCUUAUUUGUGUUACUCAUGGCGAUGAUCAAGGCAUUUAGCGAACCGAAAUCAUUCUCUGCUGUUUCGUUCCCUGAAAAUCCGCUUGCGAAUGGCAAAGCUGAUUUUAAUACUUCAAACAAGUUAUUAGUGUCGCCUAACACACUUCAUGUUGAGGGUUUGAUGACCGAAGUAUCGCGCCUUCUCGGUGGUAUUGAGUAUAAAUUGUUUCCCAAUCAGUCUGCGGCAGAAGAACAGUACAUAGCAAAUCCAAAGGCUGUGGCAGCUGGUAUUAUAUAUGGGUUUCGAGGUGGAACGAACUGGAAUUACGCAAUUCGAAUGCCAUAUAGAUCACUGCCUACUAGCAGUGAUAUGUUUACCCAGGCACAGAAUCAAGGUCAGUGUCGAAAGGAUCCUAAUGGAAUCGCAUCUGGAACAGAAUGUCAAGCCAACCAGUAUCUCACAACUGGAUUUGUCUGGCUCCAGAAUGCUAUUGAUACUGCUUUGAUUAAACAACUCAACCCAGCAUUUCGUAAGCCGAAUGUUUCAGUUCAAUUGAUGCCAAAGGAUACAUUCACCGAAAGUCUUGACGACAUUCAAAUUGGAUCGACCAUCUACAUUGUAUUGGCGUACUCUUUCUUCAUCAACUUUCUGUGUGUUAAUUUGGUAGCGGAAAAAGAGAAGAAGAUUAGAGAAGGAAUGAAGAUGAUGGGUUUAAGAGAUUCGGUUUGGUGGUUGUCAUGGACAAUUGUCUACGUGGUGGUUAUCCUUUUUGUCACUGUUCUUGUCGUCAUCAUUACUAUGGUAACAUCAUUUUUUUCCAAUAAUAGUUUGCUAAUUUUCUUCAUCACGCUAUUUCUGUAUGGAUUGUCGAUCAUAAACCUGGCGUUUGUUAUGACUCCGUUCUUCAAGAAAGCACAGGUUGCCGGAAUUGUGGCAGGUUUCUCCACUAUUGCCAUCAGCUUGCUGCAUUUCAUCGUGAACACGACGAGAAAAGCCACCCUAUCUGGCUACGACUACAGUAUAUCCCCAUCUGUUCGCUGGGCACUCUGUCUCCUGUCUCCUGUAUCAUUCGCCUUGGCCAUGGAUCAGGGAAUAUAUUUGGAUAUUGUAAAAGGAGGAAUGACAUUUUCAACCAUUACCAUGGGGGAAUUUCCAAUGUAUGCACCGAUUAUGAUGUUACUACUUGACAGCGUUCUGUACCUCUUCUUGGCAGUCUACUUUGACCACGUUAUUCCUGGUGAGUAUGGCCCCCGUUACAAGCCUUGGUUUUGCUUCACGUCGUCAUACUGGUUUGGACAAAAGAAGACAAAGAUAGCCAGCACAGUGGACGAAGGGGACAAUAUUACACUUCAAGAAGUGGACCAUAUACUGGAGCCAGUUUCUGCUGAUCUGGCAAAGAAAGUUGGCAUUCGAAUUUCUAAUAUUUCUAAAGUCUUCAUUGACAAGAAGACUACUGUGACAGCCGUGGAUGAACUGACGUUGAAUAUAUAUGAAGACCAAAUUACAGCACUGCUUGGUCACAAUGGAGCUGGGAAGACAACUCUGAUUAAUAUGCUUUGUGGGCUAUCCCCUCCGACAUCUGGGACAGCAACAAUAAAUGGCAUGGAUGUAUCUCACAGUAGAGAUAUGGAAACAAUUCGAUCAAUGACUGGGGUUUGUCCACAGCACGAUAUCCUGUAUGAUGAUCUCACGUGUCGUGAACAUCUCAGUAUAUUUGCUGGGAUUAAGGCAGUGAAAGAUGAGGACAAAGAUGCUGUUGAAACAAUCAUGAAUGCUGUUGAUAUUAUUGACCAAGCCGAUAUGUUUUCCAAAAAUCUGAGUGGGGGUCAGAAGAGGAAGUUGUCUGUUGCAAUUGCCUUAAUUGGAGAUCCUAAGAUGCUAAUCCUUGACGAGCCAACAGCAGGUAUGGAUUCGUCCUCUAGACGCCACCUGUGGUCACUUCUGAAGAACCUCAAAGAUGGAAAGAUAAUUCUACUGACAACACAUUUCAUGGAUGAAGCUGAUAUAUUGGCAGAUCGGAAAGCUAUUAUUAAUCACGGCAGACUGAAAUGUUCCGGAUCGUCGUUAUUUCUGAAACAAAGAUUCGGAAUUGGAUACCAUCUGAAUGGACUCAAUAUUAAAUGUUUCAGCAUGGUGGUAAAUCCUGAAUGUGAUGCUCAGAAGGUGACUACUCUGCUGAAACAGCACGUGUCUGGCAUUGAAAUGAAGAGGUCACAUGGUAAGGAGCUUGCCUUCACCAUGCCCAUGGCAGAAGUAAACAAGUUCCCAGGAUCAGGGAGACAAGAAAAUGAAAACACUGACUCGUCCUCCGAAAACAGGCAUUAUAGUAUACCAAUGCCGAAUUCAGACGAAACUGUGAAGCUUACGUCUCAGCAGUUCUGGACAUUGCUCAAGAUAAGAUUAAAGUUAAAGAUUCGGAACACUGCCGCUUUGGUGUUCCAAAUAUUGAUUCCCAUUAUCCUCGUCAUCGUUGGCUGCAUUCUCAGCAAAGACGGUACAACUGAGGAUAAGUCAGUGACAGAACCAGUGACAAUAAAACCAUUCUAUGUUGUUCCGAAUGAAGUACCUUUUCUCGCUAUUGAUUCAGCAGACACAUUAGCUUCAAAGUCGUUUAUACAUGGACUGGAGAGAAUAUAUGAUGUUCAUAAGGUCAAUGCAUCUGUCAAUAUUUCUGAAUUGUCAACAUACUGGAUGGGUGUCAAUGUUCGUGACAUAAAAGCAAACAUGGGUUCGACGUACACUGCACUGUACAAUGACUCAGCUAUCCAUUCAUUGCCGGCAGUGAUCAACGUCAUUUCAAAUGGACUUCUUGCAUUUGCUGAGAAUAUAACUGUAUCCAGUUUAAUGUGGCCAUCAGUUUUGCAAUCAGUCCAGGCUAAACUGUCGUACAACCCCAAUGCCUUCUCAGCAGCGUUCGUUCUUGCCGUUGCAUUUGUUGUUGUACCAGCGGGCUUCAGUGUUGAGAUUGUUGCUGAUCGUCAGAUUCCAUCGUUUUCCCCUGCAGGUGCCAUGUUAUCUCUAGUGUUGCUCUUCGCAGCGUAUGUUCCUGCCAAUCUCUUGCUUUCCUAUGUUGUUUCGUUUGCCUUUAGCAAAUUCGAAACAUGCCAGGCAGUCCUGCCCAAUGUUUUCAUCUUUUCGGGAAUUAUACCCUACAUAGUGAUAUCUCUGAUGGAUAUGUUGGGUCAACCAGACGUAGCACAAACAAUUCACUACACGUUGUGCGUCAUUGAUCCACCAUAUAUCAUCUUUGGCGGCAUCUACUACAUUGACAGAAUCUCACGUGUAUCUGAUAUUCUACAGAAGCCAAUAACAUUUGAUAUGUACUUUGAGUGGAAUAACAAUAUCAUCUAUGCGAUUGUUAUGUCUCUGUUUCACAUUGAACUAAUGAUCAUCCUUCUAAGAAUUGUGGAUAUGUACAGUAGGGGCAGGAACCUCGCUUCAGCAGCAGUAAAACAUUGCAAAUCACAGGUGCAGGAUGUCCCAGAAGAAAACAUCGAUAUUCCAGUGGAUGAAGAGUCCGAUGUGACAGAGGAACGACAACGUGUAUACAAGCUUCAGAGUGAUGAAGAUAAAGACAUGGUUCCAGUUGCAUAUAUUAAAAAUCUAAGAAAAGAGUUUAAGAAGCGAGGCAGAACAUGUCACCAGAAGAAAGAGAAUUUGCUGAAUGUUGCUGUACGUAAUGUGACAUUUGCUGUGAAUAAAGGAGAGGUGUUUGGUUUGCUUGGACCCAAUGGUGCUGGGAAGACAACUACAUUGAAUAUGAUCACAGCGGAGAUUUCGGCUACUAGAGGAAAGAUUAUUGUAGCAGGUCACAAUGUUCAUUCCAGUACAUCCAAAGCAUUUCAGGCACUUGGCUACUGUCCACAGCAUGAUGCAUUAUGGGAUUCCAUCACACUGAAGGAACAUUUGGAAUAUUAUGCAGCCAUUAAAGGAAUACCAAAAGGACAGAUUGAAUCACUGAUCAACCACUACAUAGAAAAUCUGAAAGUAGGAGAGCAUGCAGACAAAAAAGCUAAGAAAUUGUCUGGCGGAACUCGAAGAAAGGUUAGCUAUGCAAUGAGUAUGCUGGGCACACCACAGGUUGUUUUGCUGGACGAACCAUCUACCGGCAUGGAUCCGCAGUCCAAGCGAUUUCUCUGGGACACAAUCAGCUCCAGCUUUAAAUCAAGUGAACGAGGGGCGAUACUGACAACGCACUACAUGGAAGAGGCUGAUGCCCUAUGCUCUAGGGUGGCCAUCUUGGUUAAUGGUCAUAUUAAAUGUCUUGGAUCAACACAGCAUCUGAAAGACAAGUUUGGAAGAGGCUACCUGUUAGAGAUCAAACUACAAAACACAACUCCUAAUAUUCAAAAGCAAAUGGAUAAACUCGAAUCUCGCCUGGUCAGUCUUUUCCCAGAGAUAGAAUGUCUGGAGCGUUUCGCAGAACGUGGUUGGUACAGGAUUGCCAAGAGCAAAACGUUGCUAUCGGAAGCAUUCUCUGUAUUAGAAGAAAUGAAGAGUUCACACAGUGUAGAAGAAUACAGCUUUAGUCAGUCUACUUUGGAGCAGGUUUUUUUGGACUUCGCCAAGCACCAGAAAAACGAAGAAAUUGACCAACUCGAGUGA